GAGGUGUUUGUGUAGCGCGCAGCCUGAAGGGAAGCUUGAGGGGGCGCCGCUGCUGUCCUGAGGCGCCAUGGCGUGGAGGUUCCUGAGAAACUUGCAAUUGGAUCCUGAUUUGUAUGGAGAUAAACUUUAUAACCCCUUUACUCGUGAACUUCAUUCUCCCCUAGAAGACUUGUUGGAGCUAGAUGGCAGUGCAAUGACCGAUGAAGAUAUUGAUUCAGCUGUCUUAUUUGGAACUAUGCGAGGCAGUGUGGUCGGAUUGCGCUACUAUACAGGGGUGGUCAAUAAUAAUGAAAUGGUGGCGCUUCAGCGAGACCCCAACAACCGAUACGAUGUGAAUGCUAUAAAAGUAAACAAUGUGAAUGGAGAGCAGGUAGGCCACAUUAAAAAAGAGCUGGCUGCAUGUCUGGCAGACAUCAUGGACAACAAAUUGGCACUCAUAGAAGGGAUUGUUCCUUAUGGAGCACGUAGUACGUUUACUAUGCCAGUACAGCUGAGUUUUUGGGGAAUACCAGAGAAUAAACAAGCAGUUCUGAAUUAUCUGGACAUGUAUAAAUUUAAGUUGGCUCCUCCAGGAAAAUCCUGUGGUUUUGGAUAUAGUGGAACAUCUGGAAAAGGUGGAACCAGUUACAGUGCUCCAGUUCAUGCUGCUGUACAAAUGACAACUGAACAGCUGAAGACUGAGUUUGAUAAACUGUUUGAAGAUUUGAAAGAAGAUGAUAAAACACGUGAAAUGGAAGCAGCAGAGGCUGUUAUAACACCAUUACUCCCACACCAGAAACAGGCUUUAGCUUGGAUGAUUUCACGUGAAAACAAUAAGGAGUUGCCUCCAUUUUGGGAAGAGAGAGACAAUUACUUCUACAAUACACUUACAAACUUUGCUGAAAAAAACCGACCUGAAAAUGUUCUUGGAGGAAUAUUGGCGGAUGAUAUGGGAUUGGGUAAAACACUUACCACUAUUGCAGUCAUUCUUACCAAUUCUCAUGGUGGCAAUCCUCUUCCUCUUGAGAAGAAAAGUGAUCUGUUGAAGGAGAAACGUGUUUCUACUGUGAAAAGUGACUUAAAAGCACCAGGUAUUGCAGAUACAAAAGAAGAAAAUGAUUGUGUUCUUCCUCAGUCAUCCCAUCUAAAGAGAUGUAGAGGCAAGAAACCCACAUAUAGUGGUUCAGAGCAUGAAGACAAGAUAACACAAGAAGCAAACAUGUCCAGUGCUUCAGAUACAAAGGAAAAAGACAAAACUGUUCUGCUUCAGUCAUCUAGUUCAAAAAGCGGUAGAGGCCAGAAACCCGAAUGUACAGACAGUAGCGACUCAGAGCCAGAAGAAAAGAUAACACGCAAAAAAGCAAACUCCAAAGCUAAAAAAACACAACCAGCAAGAAGAAAAAGGAGAAAAGAAGCUGCUUGUGAUGUUCUGGAGGAUAAUGCAUUUGCCUCUGCUCUUGGGGAACCAGCUGUUCUUUCAAAGAAGGCGAAGAAGAAAGGUGGUACUGCUGUGCAGUCUAAGACAGUGGAAGCUAAAGAGAGCCUUAGAGCAACAUUGAUCAUCUGUCCGCUUUCUGUCCUCAGCAACUGGACUGAUCAGCUUGAACAACAUAUUGAUCCAGCUGUUCAUCUGAACACUUAUGUUUACUAUGGUUCAGAGCGCAGCAAAGACCCAGCAGUCCUUUCAAGACAAGAUAUCGUGUUAACAACUUACAGCGUUUUGUCUAGUGACUACAGUGCAAAAAGUGAUAGUCCUUUGCACAAAUUUAAGUGGCUGAGAGUGGUGUUGGAUGAAGGACACACAAUACGAAACCCAAAAGCUCAGCAAACUAAAGCUAUAUUAGAUCUGGAUGCCCAGAGAAGAUGGAUUUUGACAGGUACACCUGUUCAGAAUUCCUUGAAGGACUUGUGGUCUCUUCUGUCCUUUUUGAAACUGAAGCCUUUUACAGACCGAGAGUGGUGGCACCGAACAAUCCAGCGUCCGGUGACUAUGGGACAUCAAGAUGGGCUUAAACGUUUACAAUCCCUGAUUAAGAGCAUUACACUUCGAAGAACGAAAACAAGCAAAGUUAAAGGGAAGCCAGUUUUGAAGCUUCCAGAACGUAAAGUAUUUAUUCAGCAUAUUAAUCUCACAGAGGAAGAGAAUCUAAUUUAUCAUUCAGUGAAAAAUGAGAGCACAGCUGCUAUUAGCAGGUAUUUUAAUGAGGGAACUGUUUUGUCCCACUAUGCAUACGUUCUGGGUGCCUUGCUUAGAUUGAGACAGUUGUGCUGCCAUCCACAUCUCUGUGCACAUGCACCUUCAUCCACUUGUGAAGAAGGUAAUGGUACUCCUGAAGAGCUGCGUGCAAAAUUAAUAGAGAAGAUGAAGCAAAUUCUAAGCUCUGGAUCUGAUGAAGAUUGUGCUAUUUGCUUAGAUUCCCUCAACACUCCUGUGAUAACCCACUGUGCUCAUGUGUAUUGUAAGCCAUGCAUUUGUGAAGUUAUCCAAAGUAAGAAGCUGAAUGCUAAGUGCCCUCUUUGCAGGAAAGAGGUCAGAUUAGAAGAACUUGUAGAAUGUCCUUUAGAAGAUUCUAAUGACGUGGAAAAGUCUGACCAGGAAUGGGUAUCGAGUUCAAAGAUCAGUGCCCUAAUGCAUGCUUUGCUAGAUCUAAGGAAGCAAAAUCCAGCUAUUAAGAGUAUAAUUGUUUCUCAGUUCACAAAAUUCCUUUCUCUAAUAGAAGUUCCACUGAGGAAAUCUGGGUUUGUGUUCACUCGUUUGGACGGGACAAUGAGGCAGAAGAAAAGAGUAGAGGCCAUUGAACAGUUCCAGAACACCGAAGCUGGAUCCCCAACUGUAAUGCUGUUAUCUCUAAAAGCAGGUGGUAUUGGUUUGAAUUUGACAGCAGCCUCACGAGUCUUCUUGAUGGAUCCAGCUUGGAAUCCUGCUGCAGAGGACCAGUGUUUUGACAGAUGCCAUAGACUUGGCCAGAAGCAGGAUGUUAUCAUCACGAAGUUCAUUGUGAAGCACUCCGUGGAAGAAAACAUGCUGAAAAUUCAGGACAAGAAGAGAGAGCUUGCAGCCGGAGCCUUUGGAACCAAAAAGCCUUCCUCAAGUGAAAUCAAGAUUAACGAAAUUAAAACUUUGAUGGAUUUAUAAUUUUAUUAUGUUGGGACCAGACUUGAGGCUGAUAUGAUGCUAACAGUUAAGUCAGCAUGCAAAUAAAUAUUUAGAAUUGCUCUGUCAUCUGUGGGCAGAAGCUCUGUUGCACAACAAAGUUGGGGUAAGGGUUGUUAAAUUUCAUCUAACUCUAAUAUAAGAUAUUUAGGUUUGGGGAGAGUAACUAUCAGGGACUUUAAACUAGCAUGACUAAAGAUGAUUUGUUUAUUUCUUCUAAACGCUUGUUAAUCUUAUAACAUCAUCCCGUUUUAUUUGGGUUCAAGGCAGACUGUCAACAGUGGUAACAAAUGCUAACAUCCUUUUUUUGUCAAGUACCAUUUAGAUAACCUAGUUUGUAUGCUUGUGCAAGCAUUCUCAUCAAACAAUGUAAAAGAAGAUAUCCUGUUUAGAGAAUCGGAGCAAAACUUCUUGAAUUCCUGGUUAGACUUUAUCUAGACAAUUUUAAAAGUACAUUUUUUUAUCUGCAGCAGGAUGGUUGGUUGCAGGAUGCUACCUUGGUAACAUUCUGAGAUCUCACUCUAUAUUGGAGCUUAAUGUAUAUUGCUAGAACCUUGAUUUGUAUCAGACGAAGUAAAAAUUUGUCUUAAGUUGCCUCUGUUUUCAAGUUGUAAACCAGUCCUUCAAAGAGCAGCAUUGUUCAAAAUAGUAAAACCUGGUUGUCUAGAAUAAUUAUACUGUGCCUCUCCAGCCCUAGUUGAGAAGGUUAAAGCAGUAACAAGUGAUAUCACUGUGGUCUGAUAUGGAUGCAGGCUGAAAUAUUGGAUUCUUGCCAAUCUUGGCUGCUAAAAUCAUGUAAGAAUCACAUUAAUGAGUUCUCUGUGUUCAUCAUAAAUCUGGCACUAACUCAUGGCACGUUCCCGCAACUGUUCUGAGACAGUUAUCCAUCCACUACUUGAAGCUAUCCCUAAAGAAAAAUGAUAUGGCCAGUUACCAUCCGGUCUGUAAGACCUGCCCUUCCUGGGCCACAUGAUUGAGAGUGCAAUAUCAGACAGACUCCAGGCCUUCUUGGUUAACUUCUCUGCUCUGGACCUUUUUCAAUCUCGUGUCAGGCUGGGCUGUGGGACAAAGACAGCCAUGGUAGCUUUGACUGACAGUCUCCAUCUGAAGGUAGACAAAGGCCAGGCUAAACAUUAAGAAGAACUUCAGAGCAGUCACUCAGUGGAACAGGCUUCCUCGGAAGGUGGUGGCGCUCUUCUUCUUUGAAGGUUUUUAAGCAGAGGCUAGAUGGCCAUCUGACAGCAAUGCUGAUUCUGUGAACCUAGGCAGAUCAUGAGGAGGAGGCAGGAAGGGUUGCACCAGUGCAUUAGUUUUCGUGGCCCCUUACAUGCCCAGGGUAAUGCCUAACCACCUUGGGGUCAGGUAGCAAUUUUCCCAGGCCAGUAUGGCUAGGUAUCCUGAUGGUGUUUUGCCAUCUUCUGCGCAUGGCGCAAGGGGUAUAGGGGAGGAGUUAGUUGUGAAUUUCCUGCAUUGUGCAGGGGGUUGGACCAGAUAAUCCUGGAGGUCCCUUCCAACCCUAUGAUUCUAUGGUCCCCUACUCUGACUCACCGGAUCAAACCGUUGGGAUCCAUGCAAUGGUAACAUUAAGAUUAGCCUCCUGUAAUGCACUGUGCCUCUGUCUCCUCAAAAUUGAGAUUCCAGUUGAUGCAGAAUGUGGCAGCUUGGAUAUUACCAGGAGCCAGGCAGAGCAUGCAUAUUAUACCCAUCCAGCUGCCAAGUUCAAUUCAUGGUAUUGGCUAUCCCAUAGAAAGCGCAGCAUGGCCUUGAACUCUCAUAUCUACAAGACCACAGCAACUUUGCUCAGAGCAGGGCCUACUGCUGGUGCUGCAAUCAACAACUACCCAUACACAUGCCUCCUUCGGAGUAGUUUCUACCCUGUGGAAUGGCUUAGGUCAGGAAGGCGGCCAUGCACUUGCCAUUUUGCAAACUAUGUAAAGCAAUUGUUCAGAAGCGCUUUUUUGUGAACAAAAUGGGAAUAACAACUCAUAUACUGCUCUUCUAGAUAGGUAAGUGCCCCACUCAGAACAGAGAACAAAGUCAGUGGUCGUGUUAUCCUUACAAUCUAGCUGGGGAACUGGGCCUGAUCUCACGGCAAUAGUGGGAUUCCAACCACUAGAGUAAGCCAUUCCACAGGGUGGGAGCUGCCACAAAGAAGGCAUGUGUAUGGGUAGUUGUUGAUUGCUCUGACUAAAGUUGCUGUGGUCUUGUAGGUAUGAGAGUUCAAAUCAUUACCACAGCCUCAGCUUUGCCUUAGAUGCAGCCUGUUUCUGUGCAUGGCAACUUCUGUCUGUGACUGGCAUGGCAAUAAACUCCCCCCACCCCCCAACACUGCAGGGUCUUCAAUCCCAGCAAUCUUCUAUCUCAGUGGAGGAGGUGCUUCAGAAGAACCCAGGAGGAUAGUUGGCUUGGAACCUUCCAACACUUUGACAAAUUGCUAUAGGAAAUGCAUCAUACUGUUACGUAACAAAAGACUUUAGGGCUCAGCUAAUAGAUUAGUAUUACUGUCUGGGUUUUUUUUUUGUAGACAUGCAAUAUUCUGAGAGCAGAUUAAUUCUCAUUGAAUGAACUCACAGUUCCAGUUAAGCAUUCAUUGACAUACUGGUUUAACAUGCUUAAGAGCUGAACCCACACAUUGGAUUUUUGCAUUUGAUAACACCUAAUAUUGUGACUUAAGAGAACUGUAUACAUUAAAAAUAAGAAUGUAUAAUGCUA